UUCAAAAUUAUCUAAAUUUAAUCGACAUGAAUUAUUUUUUGCAACAUUCGUCACAUCGACAUGUCAAUCAGCAGUAACAAUACGUCACACUGCAAUAAUAGCAAUAACAGCGACAGCAACAACACACUACAUUACAAUUUCAAUUAAACGAAAAUGAAGAACGCCAAUAGUGUGUCUAAUUUUUCAGUGUGCAAACCGGGUUGGAAUCACAACAAUGGCAACUGCUUGCAACAGUGUCCACCCGGAACUUAUGAAAUCCAAAGUGACGAUGAUUCCGGUGCUUUCUGCACCGUAUGCCAUUACUCGUGCCUAUCCUGCAAAGGACCUAGUGACGCGGACUGCAUCGCCUGUCACGCGGAUUCGACGUUUACGUGGAACAACGGAAGGUCAUUGUGCGUGCUGAGUAGUAUUUCCUGGAAAAUGCAAUCCACAGUGUGGUUCCACAGAUUAACUGUGGCAUUUUUAGUCAAUUUGUGCUUAAUGAUUGCUAUUAUUAUUUACUUUGUGUUCAUCUGGUACUUCCGUAAACGAAAAUCCGUUCAUAAAUACAGCAAAGUAUCUUAUUCCGGUAACGGUGAAAUUCAUACGGAUGCAGAAUUGGACAACACUUAUGUCUAUGAAAGCGAAUGAGUCUAUCAAUGACGAUGGAAAAUAUUUUUGAAAGAAAACGAUGUUUUUCAGAGCAUUUUGAAAAUUGUAUUCUACAGCUUCCAAAAAUGUU